UAGUAGCAAUCAGCAAAUGUCAUAACUUCGCAUUAGUAUCAUCAUCUGAAUAAUCAGCGGUGGUGAAAUCCUAUGGCUCUAUCACGCCUCUCAUCGCGAUCUAAGGGAAUCUCUCGUCCCCUCUCCGCCGCCUUCAGCCGUUCCAUCUCAACCGACACCACACCGAUCACAAUCGAGACUUCGCUUCCUUUCACCGCUCACUUAUGCGACCCACCCUCUCGCUCCGUCGAAUCCUCCACCCAAGAGCUCCUCUCCUUCUUCCGCACCAUGGCUCUGAUGCGGCGCAUGGAGAUCGCCGCCGAUUCCCUUUACAAAGCGAAGCUAAUCCGAGGGUUCUGCCACCUCUACGACGGCCAGGAAGCCGUGGCCAUCGGGAUGGAGGCUGCGAUCACGAAGAAGGACGCGAUCAUCACGGCGUACCGCGAUCACUGCAUCUUCCUAGGCCGAGGGGGGUCGCUGUACGAGGUGUUCGCGGAGCUUAUGGGGAGGCAAGACGGUUGCUCGAAAGGGAAAGGUGGAUCGAUGCAUUUCUAUAAGAAGGAUUCGUCGUUUUACGGUGGGCAUGGGAUUGUCGGUGCUCAGGUUCCGUUAGGGUGUGGGAUUGCUUUCGCGCAGAAGUAUUCCAAGGAGGAGGCUGUGACGUUCGCUAUGUAUGGCGAUGGUGCUGCGAAUCAAGGGCAGCUUUUUGAAGCUUUGAAUAUCUCUGCUCUUUGGGAUUUGCCUUCCAUUCUCGUCUGCGAGAACAAUCACUAUGGGAUGGGAACUGCUGAGUGGAGAGCUGCCAAGAGCCCAUCUUACUAUAAGCGUGGUGAUUAUGUUCCUGGUUUGAAGGUAGAUGGUAUGGAUGCGUUUGCUGUCAAACAAGCUUGCAAAUUUGCUAAGGAACAUGCCUUGAAGAAUGGACCGAUAAUUCUUGAGAUGGACACGUACAGGUACCACGGUCACUCUAUGUCCGACCCUGGGAGCACAUACCGUACACGAGAUGAGAUAUCUGGUGUGAGACAGGAAAGAGAUCCAAUUGAGAGAAUAAAAAAGCUGGUACUAUCUCAUGACCUAGCAACCGAGAAGGAGCUUAAGGACAUGGAGAAGGAAAUUAGGAAAGAAGUAGAUGACGCUAUUGCCAAAGCUAAGGAUUGCCCAAUGCCAGAGCCUUCUGAGCUUUUUACCAAUGUGUAUGUGAAGGGAUUUGGCACCGAGUCAUUUGGAGCUGACAGAAAAGAAGUCAAAGCUGCACUUCCAUGAAGCUCUUGUUCGUUAAACCGUCACGUGGUUUGAUAGGAAGCCAUGAAAUAAAAAUGUUUUUUUUGGGCAGAGUGUUUUGUGCUCUGUUCAAGGCCCCCUUUGCGAGUUUUAAUUUCCAAGUAUCUCUUACAUACAUCAUGUGAUUCUUGUGAACCUUUGUGUGUGUGUAUUUAAAUUUGCUUCUGAUUGUUCUCGAUACAGACGAAAAAUCUGAAACAAGUUUUAAUAGAGUCCCUUGUUCUAUCAGA